AUGGAAGGCUACAAAAAAGACAUUGAAACUCCUUUCAAAAACCAGUCCGACCCUGGCAAUCUCUACUUUGACCUACAAACCACGAGUUUUUACUAUGGGCGGUUCAUGGUAGCACAGGGGGAGGCUCAUAAGGCCACUUAUGAGUAUGAAACCCAGAGGCAUUAUCUGGGGGGGAGUACUUUUACAGCUAUAGAGCACUACAGUAUUGGACAGACGAUUCCCAAAAAUGGAAGCAUUGACCUGGACGCUUCCGACUUUGAUCCUGUGGAUGGCCUCAGACGGAUAGAUGCGGACGUCAGCUUGAUUUUUCUCUCGGCUAAUGCAAUCAUGUUUACUGGAGAAGUGAACGAUCCCCUGUACUCUGCUCAUCAACCAUUACCUGGGAUGAGAACUCCAGGCACAGGCAACGAAACAAUUACUUUGUACACGUUGAACCAAGGAAUCCAGGCAAAGCUUCCCGACAACCAGUGGCAGCUGGAUGUGGAACACUGGCACGACAUUUCAAUGGCCUCCCUCCAGAGCGGUGUCGUCAAUGCUGCCACUGGGCCAUCUGAUCCUAGUAUUCUUGAAGUCUGGCAAAGCCCUCAAAACGCCGAGGAGCACAAAGUCUGCCAUAACACGCCUUUAAGCCAACCAUCCAUCCUCAGAGUCCGUCAACACACAAACCCCAUCUGCUCCUUGCGCGCGCUGACAGUUCUUACCGACAGAAAACCCUCAGCAACACACACCAACUUCUCCGUCUUCGGCCUAGCCUUCGUCUUCGUGACCGGCACCAUACUCAUCCUCCUCUCCUGGUUCCUCGAGCCCUGUGUCGCUUACAUCCAGAAACGAGGCGGCUGGGCCUGGUUCUGCUCCUGUCGCUGCUGCUUCUGCUGCCGCAAAUCUCACCAGCGCCCAUCAACAAGCUUCUCCACCAACGCCUACGCGCGCCUCGAAUGGAGCGCCAACGAGACUCUCCAGCUACAACGCCUAGCGCACGAAGAGCUAGGCGUCGGCCCGUGGGAGGCGUGCGACAGUGCCGUGCCUGUCACCACGCGCAAGGGCGAGAGGCUCGGCGUGCUCGAUCUAGAAGAUUGGACGCAUCCGCGAUUGAAGGCGCCGCCGAGGGAUCUGGAGGAUGAGUGCAUUGUCGUCGUGGCUAGUGUUGGGGGCGGCGAGGAAGAGGGAAAGGGGGAGGAUGGAAGGGGCGACAGCCGGGCUGAGACGCGGGAGCAGGUGGUGGCAGGUGAGCAGCACGAGGGUUCGGGAGGUUCGUCGACUAUGGUGGCUGAGAUGCGUCCUGAUGGUGCGUGA